UUUUCUGCCUCGUGGUUGCUUUAGACGGUCCCAGGUCUCCUUCCAGUUUCUGAUGAUCCUCCGGGAGACGUAAAGUCCUUCAGGAGGCUCCCCCCUCCUCCCUUGGAACGUCAAAUCCAGAAAAUCACCUGAACAGCCCCUGCCUGAGGCCUCCUCAUGGAUGAGUCGAACGUGACGUCAUUCGCCGAGGAGAGGUCCACGAACGCCUCCACCGCCAGGAAUACCUCGGCCGGGGACCUGCGUCGGGAAAUCCCAGUUGUGCACUGGGUAAUUAUGAGCAUCUCCCCUCUGGGCUUCGUGGAAAAUGGAAUCCUCCUCUGGUUCCUCUGCUUCCGGAUGAGAAGAAACCCCUUCACGGUGUACAUCACCCAUCUGUCCAUUGCAGACAUCUCGCUGCUCUUCUGUAUUUUCAUUCUGUCUGUUGACUACGCUUUAGAUCAUGAGCUCUCUUCUGGCUAUUACUACACGAUUGUCACAUUGUCAGUGACGUUUCUGUUCGGCUACAACACGGGCCUCUAUCUGCUGACGGCCAUUAGUGUGGAGAGGUGCCUGUCUGUCCUGUACCCCAUCUGGUACCGAUGUCAUCGCCCCAAGCACCAGUCGGCAUUUGUCUGUGCCCUCCUGUGGGCGCUGUCGUGCCUGGUGACCACCAUGGAGUACGUCAUGUGCAUUGACAGCGAGGGGCAGAGUCACUCUCGAAGUGACUGCAGGGCGGUGAUCACCUUCAUCGCCAUUCUGAGCUUCCUGGUCUUCACCCCCCUCAUGGUGGCGUCCAGCACCAUCCUGGUGAUUAAGAUCCGGAAGAACACGUGGACGGCCCAUUCCUCUAAGCUGUAUGUGGUCAUCACGGUCACCAUCGUCAUCUUCCUCAUUUUCGCCAUGCCCAUGAGACUGCUGUACUUGCUCUAUUACGAGCACUGGUCGGCCUUCGGGAACUUGCACCAUGUUUCUCUUCUUUUCUCCACAAUCAACAGCAGCGCCAACCCUUUUAUUUACUUCUUCGUGGGCAGCAGCAGGAAGAAGCGGUUCAAGGAGUCCUUAAAAGUGGUUCUGACCAGGGCUUUCAAAGAUGAAAUGCAGCCCAGGCGCCAGGAAGACAAUGGCAACGCCACCACAAUUGAGACCGUGGUCUGAGGACGGUGGCGGGAGAUGGUGGACACAGACGGUGGGGCACAGAUAAUCUGUACUCUGUGCUUGGAAUGCCACUUCGGGAGGUCCCAAAUACGGCACAAGGACACCGCAUCCCAUGUGCAUGAGAUACUCAUUAGUGAUAAGACCGUAUCCUUGUACCGUUAUCUUCUGAAAAAGCCUAAAAAUGUGCUGGACCUCUAUCAUUUCUGUACCUAUAAACAACUUCGGUUCCUCCUCAGCCCUUCAGCAGCAUUUCCCAUGCACUGUAAAAGUUACUCGAGCAGGAAGGUGGACAGACGAGGGCUGGAAAAGGUAACAGAAGCUUCGGUUGGAACUUGAGAAGGCAGAGCCACGUAGCAGGAAGACCGCGGGCUUUGGAAUCAGCUCGACUCCGUCAUUUGCAGCCUGUGGGACCUCAGGCAAGUGGUUUGACCUCUCAGAGCCUCUUGUCCUCACUUAUGAAAUAUUUAAUAGUGCUAGUCCGUCCUUCCCAGG